AUGGUUUUGGAUACGCUAGUGGAUGCUCGUAUGUAUUUUAAAGUAACAAAGGAGGAGCUUUCUUAUGAUCUUUAUGAAAUUUAUGACUUUAUGUCUUGCCAGGGGUCAGAAUCUUCCGUUCCUACUCCCCCCGCUUCAAUUGGAAGUGCUUCUGCUUCAAUUCAAGUUGGAGAUACAUCAACAAGUACACCAGUUACUUCACAAAGUCCAAGUGAGGUAAAUGCAAAUCCUAUUCAUAUAGAUUUAGGUGAUGAUGAGGAGAUGACUGUGGAAAAUAGAAAAAGAAAAUUAACCUCUUCAGUGUGGCAGCAUUUUAAGCUACAGAGAAUUAAUAAUGUGUCCAAAGCAAUUUGCAGACAAUGCAACAAACAGUUAGGGGGUGAGUCGAAAAAUGGGACAAGUCAUUUACAUGCUCAUUUAAAUAGAUGUCCUUUUCGAGGUCAGAAGGAUGUCAAACAGAUGUUUUUGAAUCAAUUUAAAGAACCUAGUGGUAGGAUUGCAAUGGGAGCAUUUGAUUUUGAUCAAGAGAAAGGUAGGACAGAACUUGCAAAUAUGAUCAUCCUACACGAAUAUCCUCUGUCAAUGGUUGAGCAUACUGGGUUUAGAAAGUUUUGUAAUACAAUUCAACCAUUAUUUAAAGUUGUUUCUCGUAAUACCAUCAAGGCUGAUAUCUUGAAAAUUUAUGAUUAUGAGAGAACAAAAGUAAUGGGCUUGUUAGAGAGGACCAAUAGUAGAAUAGCAGUCACCACUGAUAUGUGGACAUCCAAUCAAAAGAAGGGAUUUAUGGCUAUCACUGCACAUUACAUAGAUGAUUCUUGGAGGCUUCAGAGCCGAAUUUUGAGAUUUAUAUAUGUCCCUUGUCCCCACACUGCUGAGUCACUGUCUACUGUGUUAAUGGAUUGUCUAUUUGAUUGGAAUAUUGAUCAGAAAUUGUCUACAUUGACUGUUGAUAAUUGCACCACGAAUGACGCUAUGAUUAACAUUAUGUUAGAUAAGCUUUCUCUUGGUUCUUUAUUGUUGAAUGGUGAAUUUUUCCACUUGCGGUGUUGUGCACACAUAUUGAACCUGAUAGUAAAGGAUGGUUUGGAUGUCAUUAGCCCGAGUGUUGAGAGAAUUCGCGAUAGUGUUUCAUAUUGGUCAGCAACACCAAAAAGAGUUGAAACUUUUGAGGCAGUUGCACGACAAAUGAAAAUCCCUUGUGGAAAAAAGUUAUUAUUAGAUUGCAAGACUCGAUGGAACUCUACGUAUCUAAUGAUUCAUACUGCUUUGCUUUACAAAGAACUUUUUCCUCGACUAAGGCAAAGAGAGCCUCAUUACAGAAGUGUACCGAGUGAGAGCGAUUGGGAAUUGGCUACAGAGAUUUGUGAUAAGUUGGAGAUAUUUUAUGAAGCGACCGAAUUAUUUUCAGGAACAAAAUAUCCUACUGCCAAUUUGUACUUUCCCAAUAUUUGUGACAUAAAGUUGGCAAUCCGUGAUUGGAGCACAUCAUCUUGCGAUGAAGUCAAAUGGAUGGCGUCAAGCAUGAAGGAAAAGUUUGAUAAAUAUUGGAGUGGCAUGCAUGAAAUUCUAGCUGUUGCAACUAUAUUGGAUCCUAGAUACAAGAUGAAACUAGUUGAAUACUAUUUUCCUUUGAUUUUUGGAGAUGAAGCUCAGGAAGAGGCUGAAAAGAUUAGAACAUUUUGUCAUAAGUUGCUCAAAGAGUACAAGAGACCACAUCGUUCGACAGAAAAUACAUAUUUGUUUCCAUCAUCUUCACAAUCAGAGUCGUCUACUACUAGUGAACAUUCUCGCAUGGCUGGUUUUGACACAUUUGUUAGCCUUUCUGUUACUGCUGAUCAUGUAAAAACAGAGUUCGAUGUUUUUCUAGAUGAGCCAGUAUUGCCUAGGGUGGACAGUUUUGAUCUAUUGACAUGGUGGAAAGCAAAUUCAAUAAAAUAUCAGACUUUACAGAAGGUUGCAAGAGAUUUAUUAGCCAUUCCAGUAUCUACUGUUGCAUCCGAGUCAGCAUUUAGUACAAGUGGUAGAUUUGUGAGCCCACAUAGAAAUAGGCUUCACCCGAAGACUUUAGAAGCUUUAAUGUGUGCUCGAGAUUGGCUUUGGUCUGAUAUUCAUGAAAAUUCUGGUCCUUCAUCAUAUUCCGGAGCUUGUGCAAAGUUUGAUGACGAGGAUGUUGACGAAGAGGAAUCGACUUUGAGUUUUGACGGAUGCCAGUAAGAGUUGUGGAGAAGAAUGAAGAUUGAAUAUGAAUUGAAGUUGAAGCUUUUUGAGUUAUUGAAUAUUGUUUGUUAAAUUUGGAUUUUGCGUUUGAGA